AUGCGGCUGCCGCUGCGCGCGGCGGUGGUGUGCGGGUUGCUGCCCGCUGCGGCCGCAGGGGCGGGCAGCUGCGGCAAGCGCGCCGCCGCCGCCGUGUCCGUGCUGUCCUCCGCCGCCUACGUCACGCUGCUGGUGCUCACUGCGGCACACAUUGCAGACGUCGCACGCCGUGACGACGACGGGCUGGACGAGGCGGCGUGGGGCAUGGCGUUCUACGGGAACGCGCUGCUGUCGCAGCUGGUGUUCGCGCGGCUGUCGCGCCGCUGGCCGCAGCUGCUGAGCCGCUGGGCGCUGCUGGAGCGCGACGCGCUGCCGCCCCCGCUGGCCAGGAGGGUCGCCCUCACCGCCGCCGCCAUCCUCUUCGGCGCCCUCUACGAGCACGCGCUGAGCGUGUCUGUAGCGCUGCGCGCCCUGCCGCCGGCCCACAACCCUCUGGAGGCCUACGUGCGCCGCACGCACCCCUUCCUCUUCUCGGCGACGCUGCUGCCCGCCUACCGGCCGUGGCUCGCGCCGCUCGUGCUGCCCUUCGCCGCCGCCGCCACCUGCGUCUGGAACUUCGGCGACCUCUUCCUCAUCCUGGUCGCCUCCGGCCUCGCCGCGCUGCUGCGGGGCGCCAACGCGCGCAUCUCGGCCGCUGCUGCCGCGCAGCCCGCACGCAAGGGUCCACUGGACAAUGCUGCAUGGUGGCGCCUUCGCGAACUCUUCGCCGAUGUCGCUGCCUUCAUCAAGGAUGUCGACGACGCGAUUUCGCCGCUUAUGCUGCUGUCUUUCGCCAACAAUCUGUAUUUCAUCUGUCUACAACUACUGAAAGGCAUUUCGCAUCUGAAGCGCGGCUCGGUGCUGGAGUCGGUGUACCUGGUGAGCUCGUUCGGCUUCCUGCUGGUGCGCGCCUGCUGGGUGACGCUAUCGGCUGCCGCGGUGUACGACGAGGGCCGCGCCGCGCUGCCCCACCUCUUCGCCUGUCCAGCGCUCUGCCCCGAGGCCCAACGACUGCAGUUCCAAAUUUCGUCUGACAACAUUGUUCUCACAGGCAUGAGAUUCUUCUCCAUCACAAGAAAUUUCAUGCUCGGAGUGGCUGGAGCGAUUGUGACAUACGAAGUGGUACUUCUGCAGUUCAGCGUUCAGCGUUCAGUCCUCAAUGCUACAAUGUCAUCUCGGUGAAGUGACAUUUUUUCAGUACUAGACAAUGUGAUUGUUGCCUUAGUGCAGGACAUUCAGAUGUAUUUUAUUUGUAUCGAAACUUAGAAAAUUUGGAGAAAUGUAAACGUUUAUUAUAUUUAUGCAACAUUAGACUGCUUAGC